AUGGUUUCAUCACCAUCACCACAAACACCAGGAAGUGAUGAUUAUUUAACACCUAAUGAAUACUUAUCAUUAACAAGUGCAAGUCAAGCAAGUUUAAAUAAUACAAAUAAUAUUAUGGAAUCAUCAUCAAUAUCAUCAUUAACUAUGAUGCAACAACAAUCAUCAACUUUAUCAUCACCCAUGCAUUCAGAUUUAAAUUUAUUUUUAACAUCAAUUGGUAAUAAACAAAAUCUAUCAACAAAUUCAUCGCAUUCAUCAUCAAUUGAUUCAUUAACGGCUCUAGAAGAAAUACUUCAAAGACAACAAACAAGAAAUAGUUUAAUAUUUCUACCUCAAAAAGGAACUUCAUCAAACAUUGAAUAUAAUACUGUACCACAACCAUCUCUUCCUAGUUCUUCAUGGAAAAGUUUAAGUAAUCAAAUGAAAAUGCUUAUAUCAAAAUCGAUUCUUUUAUGUACAACUUAUUCAUGA